GUUGCAUAAAGCCAUAAACGUUGAACCUCCAAAAGAUAGAAGAGGAAACGAAAGCGAAGAAGCUAAAAAAUAGUUGCAUCUGAUACCCAGAUGGGGGCUUCUCCUUCAGUUCCACAGAAAUCAAUCCACGAGUUCACUGUCAAGGAUAGCAGAGGCAAAGACGUGGACCUCAGCAUUUACAAAGGGAAGGUCCUUCUUGUUGUCAACGUUGCCUCCAAAUGUGGCUUUACGGAUUCGAAUUACACCCAGUUGACUGAUCUCUAUAACAAAUACAAGGAUAAAGGUUUUGAAGUCUUGGCAUUUCCGUGCAACCAAUUUUUGAAGCAGGAGCCUGGGUCGAGCGAGGAGGCUCAAGAAUUUGCGUGUACAAGAUACAAGGCUGAAUAUCCAAUUUUUCAAAAGGUACGUGUCAAUGGUCCAACUACUGCACCUGUCUACAAAUUUCUCAAAGCAAAUUCUUCUGGAUUCUUUGGGUCCAGGAUAAAGUGGAACUUUACCAAGUUUUUGGUUGAUAAGGAAGGGCAUGUCAUUGGUCGCUAUGGCACAACAACUCCUCCCAUGGCAAUUGAGGCUGACAUAAAGAAAGCUCUGGGAAAUGUUUAAGUAAUAUAUGAUUAUGGUUAAUCAAAUUCGGUUGAAGUCCUGAUAAGUUAUCCGAUGACUGAUGUAGCUUUUUUUUUUUUUUUUUUGGUUAAGUGAGUGAUGUAGCUUUUGUAUUGCCUUACAUAUUAUGUUUUAUUCCUGUCUUGUCUUCUGUUUUUGUUCAAGUGUGUAUUUCCUGUAUAAUAUAACUGAUAAACUUCCAAAUUGUUUGUACACUGAGGUUGUAAAGAUAUUAGCCUGGUGAAAUAAGUGAUAGUGUAUAUACUGUUUGUUUUGUAAAA